GCUGUUGGGGCAGCCCCGAGCCGCUUGGUCACGUCAUCAGUUUGUGUUCAUGUGUGGAAUAAAUCCGUGUGUGUGACUGAAACCCAGUAGAUCUCAGUAAAGUGUGAGGUUUGGUCUCAGUGUCAGCUUUUAUCCAGUGUGUAUUUGUGCUGUAAGGUGAACAUCAUGAUGAAGCUGCUGGACCUCCUGUUCCUCUGGAUCCUGCUGUCCUUCACCACACUGCUGCAGGGAGCCAGACAGAGUCAGGACAUCAGGUGUGGAGCAUGCAGAGCGUUGGUGGAUGAGAUGGAAUGGGCCAUAGCUCAGGUCGACCCUAAGAAACUGAUCCAAACCGGUUCUUUCCGGAUCAAUCCCGAUGGCAGCCAAUCAGUGAAAGACGUUCCGUUUGCACGUUCAGAAGGUCAUCUCCUGGAGCUGAUGGAGGGAGUGUGUGAGAAGAUGAAGGAUUACGGCGAAACCUUGGAUCCUGUUACCAAACGGAAGAAGUAUGUGAGGUUCACGGCACGUGACGGCACGUCUGAGGAAGUCUCGAACGUCUCCUACGACUCCAGAGUUGUGUCCAGCUUGAAGUUUGCUUGUGAAACGAUCGUGGAGCAGAACGAAGACGAGAUCAUUGAAUUCUUCUCUCACGAGACGGACAACGUUAAAGACAAACUCUGCAGCAAGAGAACAGAUCUGUGUGACCACGCGCUGAAGAUACCUCACGACGAGCUUUAACGUCAUCUUCACCCUCAUUCGUAUUCUAUCAUCACGUCACAUGCAUUGGGAUUAGAUUGGAACAUUUAGCACGGAUUAAACGGAGACGUGUCCGAUUUCAUUUCGAACAGGCUUCAGAUGGACGUGUGAUGAUCUGGUUUUGUGCAGAUGGCAGAUGUGUCUUGGGCUUCAGCGCCGCAAACACACUGAUGCCGGUCUGACCAUGAUGCUAGAACUGCCUUGAGGGGAACAUGUGGCCAUCCACACACAGUUUACUGCUUGGUGUGUGUGUGUCUCUGUGUGUGUGUGUGUUGUAAGCCAUUAAUCACUCCAAUCUGAUUGAUGUCUUUCUCUCCACUUGUCUAACAGCAGUGAAAUCUCUGUACGCUGGAUGUUUAGAUCCAUUUGAUUUUUAUUCCGUGUUAUUUAUCACACGUCUCUGCGCCUGUUUGUUAACUGCUCCGUUUAGAGAUUCAAAUUUUGAAUUCCUUACUGCUUUUGUGUCCCCUGUCUGACUUUUUCCGUCUCGUUUUUUUGAUAAACAUGUUUUCACGA